AUGGUGCCUGCAGAUGUACUGUACAUGUACAACUGGAGUCACUUGCCUCAUGAUUAUCCCCUUCGUCAAAUGAACAGGAUGACUUCUACCUCAGUCCUGUUUUUCGUUUUCGAUCGCCCCACACGCAAUACCGACCCAGGUCGUGAGCACGUUGCUGAGUUGAAGCGGGGUUGGCAGAUGCUACAUCGCAUUAAGACGAGAGAGAUAAGGGAACCAGAUCUGGUACGAUGGUCUGAUCGUGUGCUACCCCGCCACCCCAUAUCUGUGUUGCAAAGUCGCACACCUUGGGAGAUAAAAGUGAUCCCUCUUACCUUCUUCUUCGGCAGCGAUAAGUUGCCCACUAAAACGAGCACCAGCCCGAUGAUAGAUCGAAUUACCCGAUCGAGUACGGAGUUCGGCUGGAACUCGAAGCAUCAGAAGGUAGAAGACUACUACUGUUUCUGGGCCGGCCCGGAAUUUUCAAGAGUUUGUAUUUUGCUUAGUCCAGCAGAUCCUGCGGCGCUGCGCCUAAGGAAGAUGGCUUUCCACAGCCCUAAAAAGGUUGAAAAGUGGAACAUGCCGCCAAUCAGUGUCCCAGGAUGCGAUGUGGACAUCCCCAAGUGGCGUGGCCCAGAUAUGCCGGGGAAAGAUGCAGUUCCUGUGACGCGAGCUGCUUUGGCUUCGGCAGAGAGUUUAAAAUAUCUGAGGCAAAAGUAUUCUAACUUGGAAGUCAUUCAUUAUAUCAACGCCUGGAGUGCUUUUGCAGAAGCUGAUGGGUUCCAUGGCGUGAGAUGGUUGCCACCGCAGCAACCAAACGUCCAAUAUUAUCUCCCAACUCACGCCUCUUAUCAUGGAGGAUGCAGUGACGACGUGACGUGUAGCUAUAAACAUUUGCCGUCAACAUCUUCGUAA